GUUGAUUUUCGGUAUGCGGUGCGUCAAGAAAAGUGGCAACCGCCUUCCAGGGUGUUGGAUGUCAAAAAAAUAUGCUCAGUUGUCGAAGAGUUGAUUUUUAGUCUAAAUUUUGCGGCAAUCGGAAUUAAAAGACAAUGAAAUCGUCAAAAAGAGGUAAAAGACCAGACACCAGGAAAUUAGGACCCCCUUCUCAUCUAGCCACUCUCCACCAACGCCUCUACCAUGGAUUAAACCUUGGCUUCAGGUAUUCCAAAGACAAAGAAAAGGAAUGGUACACCAAUGAUGUUGAGAUACAAAGGCUUGUAGUUCGAUCAAUAUCUUCUUUUCUUGAUGGUGUUUCUCCAGAGACAUGGCAAAUGCCUAUUGUAAAGGAUUCAAUUCCUGAUGUUGUUAGAGCAAUUGUAGGUAUUCUUCAAUCCUUAAAUGAAGUUGUUCUUGCAAUGGGAUCAGAAGUUGCGGUGAAGUUGGUUAGUAUUGUGCCUACUUCGAUGUUGCGGCCACACUUCAGUCAUCUUAGUCAUUCUUUGGCACCCUUAUUAUCGAACCAUCAAUCUCAGGUUGCUAUUAUGAGUGCAACUGCUCUAAAAUUUAUCGUGUCAAAUCUUGGAGCCAAGAAAGAGAAAGAAGUGUGGGAGAUUCUGGAGAAACAUGAUACAGUUACUCAAGUGAUUGGUAACUUGAGAGAUUUUUCUGAUAAAGCUGGGCCCAUUGAACAUCUCCUAGUGAUGGCUUCUCUCCUGAGUUCCGUGAUGCAGCUGUGGCCCCAUGCAAGAUAUCCUGUUUGGAAUGAUGCCAAAUUGAAGGAAGUAAUGGAGAUAUUCUGCAGCAAACCUGACACUACCGUCAAAGUUGCAAUUUUGCAUUUAUAUUCAGCUUUAGCUCUAUGUGCUAAUGGAGCACAAAAGCUUCUGGAAAAUGGGGAUGUUCUCGUACAAACAGUUGUGCAGUGCAUGGGCGAAUCUCAACCUCACUCUGUUCGGAUUUCAGCGUUCAAGUUUGCACAAUAUCUAAUGGCCACUAAGAAACUGAGUUCCGAAAUGUUGGAUUUUUCUUGUGAACCUAUAGUCAGGUCUAUUAUCCGUACUUUGACUGUUUCGAGCGUGCAUCAUGGGGAAUUUUCUAAUCAGGAAGAGUCUUUGAUGUUGGAAGCUACUCGUUUGGCAUUAAUUACUCGGUGGCCAGGAAAGCAUCAUGAUUAUUUUUGGAUGUUUAGAGUUGAGAAAGUCCUCCUACGACUAUUGAUGUACAACUUCAAUACCCUCCAGCCACAACAGUCAUGGUCAGUUGAGGAUCGUAUAGCGGUGGCGAGAGAGGUUUUGGAUGCUAACCUUCUUCUGGAUUUGAGACCUUUUGUUUGGGAGAUUAUAGGAUGGCUUUCAGCUCAGCGUGAGGAAGAUUACAGUCCCCACAAGUAUGAGAAUGAUCAUUGUGUCAGUCUACUUGUUACUACAGCAUGUCUGGCCUUCGUGGACUCAUUAGGCAGAGAGCGCCUACUUUGUCAGGCUGAUCGGACAUAUAAAUUUAGGAGUGUAUCAGCAGCAAAAGCCACUUUGAUGAUGAUGUAUUCUCCAUGCAAGUAUAUUGCAUCAGAAGCAAGAUUGGUGCUUUUAGAAGCAUUCAGGUUUGACGGUGAGGAAUAUCUAAAGCAGCUACUACAUCCUCUGAAUUUCGUUUACUCUGGUGACAAUUCUGUGGCGCCUGAUAAAUUUCAAAUACUAAUUAGCCUGAUAGGUUUGACAUGCUAUUCUGGAUUGCCUCACUUCUAUAGACGCGUUGUGACAAAUGGAGGAAUUAAAACUCUGUUGACUUUUAUUAGAUGGUGGUUAGACAAUGCUUCCCAUACUGACAAGGUCGGCUCGACCUCUCAUUUAAGAGUUACAUCUAUAGAGAGAACUUGUUGUAGAAUCGACGUAGAAGAUUGGGAAGGCAAUGAAAUUCACUUGCUUCUGGCUCUGUGGAGUUUAGCUGAACUGAUCAACUGUCACGAAACUGAAGGGCAUGCAUUAGAUGUUUUUGCCGGGCAGAAAGUUUACAAGAAGGAACAGUUUCUCCAAGAUAUCCUGGAUAUUUCUGUUGAUACUACCUCUACCGGACUAAGAUGGUAUUGUUCAUACCUUCUUAGCUUCUUUGGGUUCUAUGGUUUUCCCAGUAAACUGGGUACAAGAAUAGCGUCAUUUCGUGAGACAGACCAUGGAGAUAUGCGUCUGGUCCUUCGAGAUGGGCAGUAUCUAAGUGUUCAUCAGGUCAUUCUUCUCAGUCGAUGUCCAUCGUUACUUCCACCUGUAGGUCCUUCAGAUGAAGAGAAACUGUCCAGGUCCAAUGAUUUUCCAGCAAGAGAAGUUACUGAUAAAUGUAAAAGGACCGAGAAGGAAGUUACUCUAUCUGCACAAGUCGACCAACAAGCACUUUCCACAUUAUUUGACUAUAUAUACUCUGGCUAUCUGCGAGCUGAAGGAGUCAUUGUGAAAAAGUUAAGAAUGCUAGCAAAGCAUUGCAAUUUACAACCUCUACUACAGCUUCUAAGUAGAAGAAGGCCAAAGUGGGCUGCUCUUAUGCCCGCUUUUGAUCUUUCAACAACUCUCAGACACGUCGGACAUGAAUUUUCAGAUAUCAUCUUGGAAUCUGAAUCAGCUGAAAGUACAGGAUGGACCUGCAGCUCCUGUUCUUUUUCUUUGUCUCACAUCCAUGCUCACAGGGUUAUUUUAAGCUCAAGUUGUGAUUACAUGCGGGCUUUAUUUCAAUCUGGGAUGCAAGAAAGUUGUUCGCAGUCCCUUAAAGUACCCGUCAGUUGGAAAGCUCUAUGCAAGUUAGUUAUGUGGCUGUAUUCUAAUGAGGUACCCAAACCAGUUUGUGGCUGUUUAUGGGCUAAUAUGGAUGUAAAGGAUAAGAUUUCUGAGCUGCAGCCUUACAUAGAGCUUUGUUGGCUCGCUGAAUACUGGUUUUUGAAUGAUGUUCAUAAUGAGUGUUCAAAAGUGAUCACAUCUUCCUUGGAUUCACCAGUGUUGGCAAUUGAAGUAAUCCAACUUGCUGCUAAAUUCUCACAAUGGGAAUUGGUUGAUAUUGCAGCAAACAGGAUUGCUCCUGUUUACCGUAAUCUACACAGUUCUGGUGCACUCGAUGUUUUGGAUGAAGCACUUGUUGAGUUGAUUCGGUUAGCUGCUGUUAGACUAUCACAGGAGUGAUUGGAGUGAUUAUGUAUUUACUGCAUGCGAGUUCGUCUGCUGAUCAAAAUUAGUGGCUUACUUCUAUAGUGAUCAUUGUCCGAUUUUUCGGAAAUCUGUCCUCUGCUUCAGUUAUUGAGAUAAUUUUUAUUUGCCUGGUCGUCUUCAGUCUAUAGGGUGCAGUUCUUGUUGGACACGCCGAGUCAGGCCACACAGCUUUUGGCGACUGGCUUCAUUGGUAGAAAAAAAAAGAGAAAGUUCAAGAGUAGAAGAAGAAUUAAGAAUACUUUGAUAGGUUUAUAUAGAAAAACAGUUUCAUGUUCUUGUACCAGUUUUGGCUCUAAAUAUAAACAGACGGGAAAAUGGGAAAUGCUUUUGAAUUAUCCCAAUAAAAACUAUGGUUUUUUCAUGAAA